AUGCUCAGUGAGGAGGUGAAGGAGAAGAAGAAGAGGAGGAGGAGGAGGAGGGUGAAACACGCGCGCACUUUUUUCAUUGAGUGCCUUCGCCCUGAGCCGAGCAACAGCAUGGAUCUCUCCUUCAUGGCCGCCCAGAUCCCAGUUAUGACGGGAGCCUUCAUGGACUCGUCGCCAAACGACGACUACAGCGGCGAGCACUCACUCUUCAACUCAUCCGCCAGCGUCCACGCUGCUGCCUCGGCCGCGUCCGCGCACGGCCAGCCGGACGAGUCGCAGUCCAUGUCCAGCGACGCCAUUUGGCUUUGGAUCGCCAUUGUGGCCACCAUCGGAAACAUCGUGGUGGUGGGCGUGGUCUACGCCUGCACCUUCUGAGGAAACGUGCGCCCCCAACAAGACCAAUACUUUUGAGUCCUCCUAAAUGUUGAAUCUGUCUGGUCUUUUGAGAGCGGAUAUGCUCCAUAAUGGAAUCGUCAACAUCUACACCAUGAGCGUAAAAGACUUGUCCGCUUUUGCUGGAUUCCACGAUUUGAGGAUAAUGUUGAUCCCUCCUAAGUUUCUUUCCAUGUCUCCCCAGGAGAACACACGCUCACUUGCCAAGCGGAGAUGCGAAUGGAGGUUAAAUAGGGCCUGAGAUUCGGGUUGAUCCGGGAACGUCGCAAGCCUCCGUCGCCACAAAGCAAUUUAGGGCAGCGCUGUUUAAUUAUGCUGUACUACAGGGAUGGUGAAUGUUAAAACAUUUAGAAGGCACUGGGAUUCUUUUCAACCGAGGCAGCCCUGAGGCCCAUUGCCAUUAGGGCCCAUGUAAGGAGACUCUGUGGAUCAUGCAUGCCAUGGACACACUAAUGACUUAAUCAUCAGUAAACUCCACUUACCGCACACUGAAAGUCACAUAAAUAUCAAAUCGUAAGGCCUAAAUUUAACAAGGCACUAGUUCAGUUCAACCCCAAACAUUUAGGCUUCUCCCCCAUCAUCCUUCACUGGAUUCUGUGGCAAAAUGAAAAUGUGCAUAAAUGUAAUUGACUUUAGCGUCAAUUUUGAGGCGUGUGUGUAGAAGACGCUCGUAAAAGCCAGGGGAGUGUCAAUCCAGUCAUUUUCCGCUUUGAAAGGUUAGUAUCAAAGCCGUAACAGAAGCAGGAUGACGCCUGUGUGUCAGGGUAUUUCACAGUGCCAGAAGAAAGCAUUGGUCAGACCACAAUGCUGGUGCUGUGUCCCUGUCUAAAAGCGAAACACAAACUGUGGCAAUUUCGUAGAAUCUCUCUGUCUGAAAGGUUUUCUCCAUUGCCGCAGAGUAGUCAAAUAUUGAUCUUACAGCCAAAGAUGCCAUUUAUUCUUACAUACACUUCAUUCACACAAAUAUAUGAGCUUGUUGCCUUUGUUCAAGUCCAUUUAUUGAUGUUUGCGCUUUUACAGUUUGUCAUUUGUCCAACAUGUCAACUUGAAGUGACUACGUCGUUUGAGUUGCGUCGCCUACUUGGUUUUCUUCACCUCGUGUUACGAUGGUGUGACUAUACAAUAGCUUACACUGUUCUAAUGUUUUGUAGCAAAUUAGAAUGGUGACUGUAUCAGCAUCCUUGACACGAGAAAACUCGCUUACUGCUCCUCGAGGACUUUUCAGGCCUGUUUUUUAUUAACUGGUUGAGUUAGAGAACUAUGUUGUAAACCACCGACACAAUACCCUUUUUGUAAAGACUUGUGCUUUUAGAAUUAACGCAGUGUACUGUUUUUCUCUGCCGACACAAAGCUACAGUAUAUAAUCCAUACGGAUGUGAUUUCUGAGAAGAGCCAUCGUAACGUUUUGACGGCAGCCAUUUUGAAACGGAUUGUUUGGAAGUCGUAUUCCUGUGCACCCCAACGAAUCUGUAACACUUUUUUUUUUUUUUUUUUCUGAAGCCAGUUGAGUUACGUAACGCCUUCAGCUGUAAAGCAAUGUAACACGAUAUU